AUGGCACAUGAUAUGUGGUUUUCAUCAUUUAAAUCAAUGUUUGACGAAGCUUUAGAUAACUACGAUAUUUCUGGAUGGAAAAUCAAACGAAUGCCAAACAAUGUGGACACAGACCGACGAGCAUUAGAAGCGGGACGACGAAAAGGCUGGCCAUUCCGCCUACACAAUGGCAGGGCUAAAUUUGAGUGCCCGUGGUGUAGAAAAAAAUGGACUUCAGCUUACACAACGAUUGUUUGGAGAGCUAAUUGGAACGCAGGUGUUAUUCAGAUUAAUAUAGAAGAACAAGGCUGCCAAAGAUGUAACAGAAUGGGUAAAGUAUCAGUUAUUGAUGAAGAGCAUAUCAAAUUUGCCUUGGAUUGGAUGUGCCAAUGGCUACUGGAGGUUUUCUAUGGAAUAAGAAAUGAAGAGAACAGUAGUAGUGACGAUGAGCCUGAUGAAGAGAAAAAAAUUACGGAUCCACACGAUUGCGGCCGUUGUAACGCCGGAAAAAAGGGAACAUGCAAAAAAUGUAACUUAAUUUUCCGGCAACAAAUGGUUUUUGUGAAUAACCAGAGAAGGCGGUGA